AUGGCAGACAAGGACGAGAAGACCAAUAUCACGGCCCCCGACCCACAAGCCGCUGCUGUUGAGCCUAUCACGGCCAACGCCCAGGAAGACACCGCAUUUGCCAUUGACAUCGACAAGGCAGUUGAGGAGGAUGGUGGUUCCCAAUUCCACGAGAAGAGAGCCAGACCCGGCCUGAAAGCAACCAAAAGCCAUGCUACUGACACCAGCGUCGCUACCACAACUGCCACACGUCGCCAGCCUGAAAGCAAGCCAUGGUACAAGACGCCAAACCCCCUGAGAUGGGGCGGCAUCCCACCCGUUCCGGAAGAGAAGAUUGUAUCUCGGGAAUACAAGGCCAGCUUCUUCAGCCUGUUGACCUUCCAGUGGAUGGCCCCAAUAAUGACCGCUGGGUACAAGCGGCAGCUGGAACCGAACGAUAUCUGGGCUGUCAAUCCGGACAGAGCCACGGAUGUCAUGACUGAUAAAUUCAAGGCUGCCUUCAAGAAGCGCGUCGACAGAGGAGACAAGUACCCGCUCUGGUGGGCGUUGCACGAGACUUACUUUUUCGAGUUUUGGCUCGGAGGUUUGCUCCAGCUCAUGGCUACUGUCUUCCAGGUCAUGUCCCCCUUCACCCUGCGCUACCUCAUUCAGUUCGCAAAUGACGCAUACGACGCUUCUCGGCGAGGUUCGCCGCCUCCACCCAUUGGCAGAGGAAUUGGUCUGGUUCUUGGCGUCACCUUUAUGCAAAUCUUCCAGAGCUUGGGUACGAACCAUUUUAUCUACCGUGGCAUGAUGAUGGGUGGUCAGUCGAGAGCCGUCCUCAUCAGCGUCAUCUUCGAGAAGGCCAUGUCUCUGUCUGGCCGUGCCAAGGCCGGCGGCAUUAAGGAGCCAGCCAACAGCCCGCCAGUGGCCGAGAAGGGAAACAAAGAGGGAAAGAAGAAGGGGAAAAAGUCCGAUGCCUCCAGAGGCCCAGGCGUUUUGGGAGAUGGAACCGGCUGGGGAAACGGUCGAAUUGUCAACCUCAUGAGUGUCGACACGUACCGUAUCGACCAGGCCUCUGCUCUGUUCCACUUGUCGUGGACCGCUCCUAUAUCCUGUGUCAUCACGCUGGUUGUCCUGCUGAUCAACUUGAGCUACAGUGCUCUGGCCGGCUUCGCCCUCCUGGUCGCAGGCCUCCCUUUGUUGACGAGGGCCAUUAGAAGCUUGUUCAAGCGGAGAAUGGCCAUCAACAAGAUCACGGAUCAGCGGGUGAGCUUGACCCAAGAGAUUCUGCAGUCAGUGCGCUUCGUCAAGUACUUUGGCUGGGAGACCGCGUUCCUUGAACGUCUCAAAGAAAUCCGAAAACGCGAAAUCCACUCCAUUCAGAUCUUACUGGCCAUCCGAAACGCCAUCAACGCCGUUAGUCUAUCGCUACCCAUCUUCGCGUCCAUGCUGUCAUUCGUUACAUACUCUAAAACGAACAAUGCAUUGAACCCCGCACAAGUCUUCUCGUCCCUGGCUUUGUUCAACGGCCUUCGAAUCCCACUUAACUUGCUGCCUCUGGUUCUUGGUCAGGUCGUCGAUGCUUGGUCAUCCAUAAAGCGUAUCCAGAGUUUUUUGCUAGCCGAGGAGCAGGAGGAGGAUGUGGUUCUCAAGCCAGACGGAGAGAACGCCUUGGAGAUGACAAAUGCUAGCUUCACCUGGGAACGGACGGCGACACAGGAAUCCGAAAAGACUGUAGCCAGGGCUGGAAAGGGCGCCAAGAAGGGCGCUCCUAAACCUUCGGCAGUAUCAAAGGCCACCCCCAAGCCUGACGAGCCAUUGAAUUCGUCCGGGGACAGCACCGGUGAUGAAGCUAGCACCCUUGUUGAGGAGGAGCGAGAACCAUUUAAGCUUCAGGACCUCAGCUUUGAGAUCAAGAGAGAUGAGCUAGUGGCCGUCAUCGGCACCGUGGGAAGCGGAAAGACUUCUUUACUGGCCGCACUGGCAGGCGACAUGAGAAAAACAUCUGGCGAGGUUGUUCUCGGUGCUUCUCGGGCAUUUUGUCCGCAGUAUGCCUGGAUCCAGAACACCACGGUUCGCGACAACAUCCUCUUCGGCAAAGACAUGGACAAGGAAUGGUACCAAGAGGUUAUUAACGCCUGUGCUCUCCGGCCUGAUCUUGCCAUGCUGCCGAACGGCGACCUGACUGAGAUCGGCGAACGUGGCAUCACCAUUUCCGGUGGCCAGAAGCAGCGCUUGAACAUUGCGAGAGCCAUCUACUUCGAUUCCGAUAUCGUACUCAUGGACGAUCCUCUGAGUGCUGUUGAUGCUCACGUCGGACGUCACAUCUUCGACAACGCCAUCCUUGGUUUGCUAAAAGGCAAAUGCAGAGUGCUGGCGACUCAUCAGCUGUGGGUUCUCAACCGGUGCGACAGAAUCAUUUGGAUGGAGGGAGGCAAGAUUCAAGCUGUCGACACCUUUGACAACUUGAUGAGAGAUCACCGCGGCUUCCAGCAACUGCUGGAAACGACUGCACAAGAAGAAGAAAAGGACGAUGCCCCCCAAACCAACUUGGCCGAGGCGCCCCAAGGUGACAAGAAGAAGAACAAAAAGGGCGCGGCUCUCAUGCAGCAGGAGGAGCGUGCUGUCUCAAGCGUCCCCUGGAAGGUAUAUGGAGACUACAUCCGGGCCUCCGGAUCGAUUCUCAACGCGCCCUUCUUGUUUUUUCUCCUGAUUCUCUCUCAGGGGGCAAACCUCAUGACCAGUCUGUGGCUUUCGUACUGGACAAGCAAUCGUUAUCCUUUGUCCGAGGGACAGUACAUUGGUAUCUAUGCCGGCCUCGGUGCCCUUCAGGCGAUCCUUAUGUUCAUCUUCUCGCUUCUUCUAUCCAUCCUAGGCACCAAGUCCAGCAAAGUCAUGCUGCGGCAGGCGGUGACCAGAGUCCUCCGCGCUCCCAUGUCGUUCUUCGACACGACUCCCCUUGGCCGAAUCACGAACCGAUUCUCGAGAGAUGUCGACGUGAUGGACAACACCCUGACUGACGCUAUGAGAAUGUACUUCUUCACGUUGGCCAUGAUUUUGUCCGUCUUUGCUCUCAUCAUUGCAUUCUUCCACUACUUUGCCAUCGCACUUGGACCACUGUUUGUCAUUUUCAUACUUGCUUCGUCCUACUACCGCGCGUCGGCGCGUGAGGUCAAGCGAUUCGAAUCGGUUCUCAGGUCGACUGUGUUUGCCAAGUUUGGCGAAGGUUUGAGCGGUGUCGCCAGCAUUCGAGCCUACGGACUCAAGGAUUAUUUCAUCAGCGACCUGAAAAAGGCCAUUGAUGAGAUGAACGCUGCGUACUACCUCACUUUUUCAAACCAACGCUGGCUUUCGACUCGCCUCGACCUGAUUGGCAAUCUGCUAGUCUUUACUGUCGGCAUCCUCGUUGUGACCUCGAGAUUCAACGUGUCGCCCAGCAUCUCAGGCCUGGUCCUUAGUUACAUCCUCGGAAUCGUGCAGAUGAUCCAGUUCACCGUGCGUCAGCUUGCCGAGGUCGAAAACGGCAUGAAUGCUGUCGAGCGAAUCCAGUACUACGGCACCCAGCUCGAGGAGGAGGCGCCUCUGCACACUAUCGAAGUCCGACCUUCGUGGCCGGAGAAGGGCGAGAUCGUCUUCGACAACGUUGAGAUGCGGUACCGAGCCAACUUGCCCCUUGUGCUUUCCGGCCUUUCGAUGCAUGUGCAAGGAGGCGAGCGUAUCGGUAUCGUUGGCCGGACUGGUGCAGGCAAGUCAUCUAUCAUGUCCACUCUCUUCAGACUCGUUGAGUUGUCCGGAGGCCACAUCAGCAUUGAUGGUGUCGACAUCUCGACGAUUGGUCUGCAUGACCUGCGAUCCCGCCUGGCCAUCAUUCCUCAGGAUCCUACCCUUUUUAAGGGCACUGUUCGGUCCAAUCUUGACCCGUUCAGCGAGCACACAGACCUGGAGCUGUGGUCAGCCUUGCGACAGGCCGAUCUCGUCCCAGCGGAUGCCAACCUGGGAGACCCCAGGUCCAAAGACUCGUCCGUCAUCCACCUCGACUCGGUUGUCGAGGAGGACGGCCUCAACUUCUCCCUCGGGCAACGGCAGCUCAUGGCUCUGGCUCGCGCCUUGGUUCGCGGCAGCCGCAUCAUUGUUUGCGACGAAGCCACAUCUUCGGUCGAUAUGGAGACGGACGACAAGAUCCAGAACACCAUUGCCACUAGUUUCAGGGGCAGGACGCUGUUAUGCAUUGCACAUCGGUUGCGCACCAUUAUCAACUACGACCGCAUCUGCGUCAUGGAUGCUGGCCGGAUUGCGGAACUGGAUACUCCUCUUGCAUUAUGGCAGCGGGAGGGGGGUAUCUUCAGGAGCAUGUGCGACCGCAGCGGUAUUAGGCUCGAGGACAUCCGCAAUGCGAGUGACAGCACGAGGUCGGAGAUUCAGGAGGGCCAUUCCAAUCAGAGUGGCUUGUGA